CGUAAGUUUCGUGUAACAAUUCACACUGAAAGGACCUCAGAGUGACGUCAUCCGCUCGGCGACAGAAAUCGGGAAAGUACUGAAUGCAGCAGCAGCAGCUCGCUGUUGCUAAAUAGCUGAGAGGAUCUUAUAUUGUCUGAAUAAUAUAAUGCCGAAGGUGAAAAGGAGUAGGAAACCACCUCCAGAUGGUUGGGAGCUCAUAGAGCCCACUCUUGACGAACUGGACCAGAAAAUGCGCGAAGCUGAAACCGAGCCACAUGAGGGCAAACGUAAAGUUGAGUCUCUGUGGCCAAUCUUCCGACUUCAUCACCAGCGCAGCCGUUACAUUUUCGACCUUUUUUACAAGAGAAAGGCCAUCAGUCGAGAGCUUUAUGAAUAUUGCAUCAAAGAGGGCUAUGCAGACAAGAAUCUGAUUGCCAAAUGGAAAAAACAGGGCUAUGAAAAUCUGUGCUGCCUGCGGUGCAUUCAGACUCGUGACACAAACUUUGGAACAAAUUGCAUAUGCAGAGUUCCCAAGGGCAAGCUUGAAGUGGGUCGUAUCAUUGAGUGCACUCACUGUGGAUGCCGAGGAUGUUCUGGAUGAGUCAAGAGGGAAACAACUUUUUGAACUUACUGAACUUUGAUUUGUAUUUUUAAUACAUUUUUGGAGUGUCAUUACAAUGUUGGAUCUGUUGAAAUUAUAUGAUUUUGUGUAUGUUUUUAUUUUUAUUAUUUGUAUUAAACUGUGAUGUAUCUUAAUCAUUCUGGGUUGCAGUGGCCAAUUUCAUACUUUUGAGUGUGUGCUUUUAUGUUAUGAACAUGAAAUGUUAUAUAAGCAUUCUCUGGUAAAAUAUCUCUUCCCAUACAAAUACAAAUCAGAAUUCUUGUGUUUGUAAAGUU